GCGCCGCCAGCAGCACAGGCCUCGCAGGCCUGGCGCUGCCGGGGCCAGGCCAGGCCGGCCCGGGCCAGGCCGAGGGGUGGCAGCUGCCUUGGUCUUUCCUUCCCCUCUCGUCCCUCCCCUUCCCUCCCCGCCGCCGGAGCCGCCAGACGGCCCGCGGGGAGCCUCACCCAGCUGGGGCUGACGGCGGAGCGCUCGGGGCAGGCGGCAGGCCCGCCGGCCACAGGUCUGUAGCAGCAUGGACGCCAUCGUGGCGCUGGCGCGCGGCGGGGCGGCGGCAGCGGGCUAGCGGCGGCGGCGGGCUGCUGGCCCGCUCCUGUCCCGCCGCCCGGGCCCCGCGCGGCUCUCCCCACACGCCCCGCAGCGCCGAGCCGCCACCGCCCGCCGCCUUUGCAUAGCUCCGCCCCGCGGCGCUGGGUACGCCGGGAACUGUAGUCCUCGGGGCGCACGCAGUGUAAGACUGGAAACAUCUGGGCUGAAUGGACUUUAGCAUCAAAAGAAGUUCUCAACUGUUAACUCGAAAAAUUAACUGCAUCAAAAUGAAGCAGGUACCAGAGAUCCUUGGAAAUACCAACGGGAAAACUCAGAAUUGCGAAGUGAAUCGUGAGUGUUCUGUCUACUUGGGCAAAGCACAACUUUCUGCCACUCUGCAAGAAGGUGUCAUGCAAAAAUAUAAUGGCCACGAGGCUCUUCCAUUUAUUCCAGCUGAUAAAUUGAAAGAUCUAACCUCUCGUGUGUUUAAUGGCGAGUCUGGGGCCCAAGAUGCCAAGCUGCGCUUUGAACCCCAGGAAAUAAAGGGAGUUGGAACACCACCCAACACUACUCCUAUCAAAAAUGGCUCUCCAGAAAUUAAGCUGAAAAUCACUAAAACCUACAUGAAUGGAAAGCCUCUUUUUGAAUCUUCCAUUUGUGGAGACAAUGGUGCAGAUGUGUCUCAGUCAGAGGAAAAUGAACAAAAGCCAGCAAACAAGGAGAGGAGAAACAGAAAAAGAAGCAUAAAAUAUGACUCCUUACUCGAGCAGGGUCUUGUUGAAGCAGCGUUGGUAUCAAAGACAUCAAGCCCCACAGAAAGGAAGGGUCCUGCUAAGAGAGAUCCAACUCAAAGUACCAUCAAAGAAGACAAAGUCCAUGUGUUGAAGUAUAACAUAGGAGAUCUAGUGUGGUCAAAAGUGUCUGGUUUUCCAUGGUGGCCGUGUAUGGUUUCUGCUGAUCCUGUUCUCCAUUCAUAUACUAAACUAAAAGGACAGAAAAAGAGUUUUCGUCAAUAUCAUGUUCAGUUUUUCGGAGAUGCCCCAGAGCGAGCUUGGAUAUUUGAGAAGAGCCUUGUGCCCUUCAAAGAAAAAGACCAAUUUGAACAAUUAUGCCAGGAAAGUGCAAAACAAGCCCUCACUAAAGCAGAGAAAAUAAAGAUGUUAAAGCCUGUCUCGGGGAAGCUGCGGCCACAAUGGGAGAUGGGUGUUAAGCAAGCAAGUGAAGCAGUAGGCAUGCCAGUGGAAGAAAGGAAGGCCAAGUACACCUUCAUCUACGUUAGGGACAGACCUCAUCUUAAUCCUCGAGUGGCAAAGGAAGUUGGCAUUGCUGUGGAACCGUUAGAGGAGAUAGAUGAGUCAGAAGAAACUGCUCAAAAUCUGAAAUCGAUGAAGGAGUCUGGCAUUCCUAGCAAGAGGAGGAGAAGAAAGUCUGCUGCUGAUGAUACACAAGAAAGCAGUCAGUUGGAGUCUAAGAAUACUACUCCUCAAAAGUCAUCUGAACAGGCAGAAUCCAAAAGAGGGAUAGGCUCCCCUCUCAAUAGAAAGAAAACUCCAGCAUCUACUCCACGGAGCAGAAAGGGCGAUGCAGUAUCUCAAUUUUUGGUCUUUUGUCAGAAGCACAGAGAUGAGGUGGUUGCUGAACAUCCAGAUGCUUCAAGUGAGGAGAUUGAAGAAUUGCUCGAAUCGCAGUGGAACAUGCUUAGUGAAAAACAGAAAGCUCGCUAUAACACAAAGUUUGCCAUAGUGACCUCUCCCAAAUCUGAAGAAGACUCUGGUUCAUCAUUGAAGAAUAUUGGAGAGGCCAAACGUAAAGUGUUUCAAGACUCACCUAAAAGGAGAUCAAGAUCCAGAAGUAACUUACAUGGAAAUAAAAGAAACCAAAAAAAGAGGACAAAGGAACCUACAGAAGAUUUUGAAGUUCAGGAAGCACCUAGGAAAAGACUCAGGAUGGAUAAACAGAAUAAUCGGAAGAGGGAGACAAGCAAUGACAAAACAGCAAAAACAAACUCUUCUAAGGUCACAGAAACCUCCUCUUCACAAAAGACCCAGUCAGCAACGAAAAAUCUGUCUGAUGCAUGUAAACCUCUGAAGAAGCGAAAUCGGGCUUCAGCAGCAGAAUCUUCAACUCUUGCUUUUAGCAAGAGUUCAUCUCCUUCAGCUUCCUUAACUGAGAAUGAGAUCUCCGAUGGCCAAGGAGACGAGCGGUCAGAGUCUCCCUAUGAAAGUGCUGAUGAAACUCAGACUGAAGUGUCUAUAUCAUCCAAAAAAUCUGAGCGAGGAGCAGGAACAAAAAAAGAAUAUGUGUGUCAGCUGUGUGAAAAAACAGGUGACCUCCUACUGUGUGAAGGACUUUGCUAUCGAGCUUUUCAUGUAAGCUGCCUUGGGCUCUCUGGAAGACCAGCAGGAAAGUUCAUUUGUAGUGAAUGUACAUCAGGUGUGCAUACAUGUUUUGUGUGCAAAGAGAAAAAGGCAGAUGUGAAACGUUGUGUCGUAUCCCACUGUGGAAAAUUCUACCAUGAAGCUUGUGUGAAAAAGUUUCAUCUUACUGUGUUUGAGAACAGGGGGUUUCGAUGUCCUCUCCACAGCUGCCUGAGUUGUCAUGUUAGUAACCCCUCACAUCCACGAAUUUCAAAAGGAAAGAUGAUGCGCUGCGUGCGCUGCCCGGUUGCCUACCACGCCGGGGACGUCUGCAUCGCCGCCGGCUGCGCCGUCAUCGCUUCCAACAGCAUCGUUUGUACCAACCACUUCACUGCCACCAAGGGCAAAAGCCACCACGCACAUGUCAACGUCAGCUGGUGCUUUGUGUGCUCCAAAGGAGGCAGCUUGUUGUGCUGCGAGUCGUGUCCUGCGGCGUUUCACCCAGACUGCUUAAACAUUGAAAUGCCAGAUGGGAGCUGGUACUGCAACGACUGCAGGGCGGGGAAGAAGCUUCAUUUCCAGGAUAUUAUUUGGGUUAAACUGGGAAAUUACAGAUGGUGGCCUGCAGAAGUUUGCCAUCCGAAAAACGUUCCCCCAAAUAUCCAGAAAAUGAAGCAUGAAAUCGGAGAAUUUCCUGUGUUUUUCUUUGGUUCUAAGGAUUACUAUUGGACGCACCAAGCACGAGUGUUCCCUUACAUGGAAGGAGACAGAGGGAGUAGAUACCACAGCAUCAAAGGGAUUGGAAAAGUCUUCAAAAAUGCUUUGCAAGAAGCUGAAGCUCGGUUUCGAGAAAUAAAGCUACAGCGAGAAGCCAAAGAAACCCAAGAAAGCGAACGUAAACCUCCACCGUACAAGCACAUUAAGGUGAAUAAGCCUUGUGGUAAAGUGCAGAUAUAUACUGCUGACAUUUCUGAGAUUCCCAAGUGCAACUGCAAACCCACAGAUGAAAACCCAUGUGGCUUUGAUUCUGAGUGCCUAAAUCGGAUGCUGAUGUACGAAUGCCACCCACAAGUUUGUCCUGCAGGAGAACGCUGCCAAAACCAGUGUUUCACCAAACGUCAGUACCCGGAGACAAAGAUCAUCAAAACUGAUGGGAAGGGUUGGGGUCUGGUCGCCAAGAGGGACAUCAAAAAGGGAGAGUUUGUGAAUGAGUACGUUGGUGAGCUGAUUGAUGAAGAGGAGUGUAUGGCAAGAAUCAAAUAUGCACAUGAAAAUGACAUUACCCACUUCUAUAUGCUCACUAUUGAUAAGGACCGGAUUAUUGAUGCUGGCCCCAAAGGAAACUAUUCUCGGUUUAUGAAUCACAGCUGCCAACCAAAUUGUGAAACUCUCAAAUGGACAGUGCAUGGAGACACUCGUGUCGGGCUGUUUGCUGUGUGCGAUAUCCCCGCAGGGACAGAGCUGACUUUUAAUUACAACCUUGACUGUCUGGGCAAUGAAAAAACAGUCUGCAAAUGUGGUGCCCCAAACUGCAGUGGAUUUCUUGGGGACAGACCAAAGAAUUCUUCCACUAAUGCCUCAGAAGAAAAAGGCAAAAAGACCAAAAAGAGAACACGGAGACGCAGAACGAAAAACGAAGGGAAGAAGGAAUCUGAAGACGAUUGUUUCCGUUGCGGCGACGGGGGUCAGCUCGUACUGUGCGACAGGAAGUCUUGUACUAAAGCUUAUCAUCUCUCCUGUCUUGGCUUGGUGAAACGUCCUUUUGGAAAGUGGGAAUGUCCUUGGCACCACUGUGAUGUUUGUGGCAAACCUUCUGUUUCCUUCUGCCACUUCUGCCCAAAUUCUUUCUGCAAGGAACACCAAGACGGGACAGUACUGAAUUCUACAUUGAAUGGACAGUUAUGCUGCUCUGAACACAUUCUCGGGGUGGAUUCUGUUGAAAGUCAGAAGACUGAGAAACCCCGCAGAAAACUGAACAAGUUGAAGCCUAAGAGAAAGCAGAGGAACAGAUGGAUGAGAGCUGAAUGCAAAUAGUCAUGGACUGCAGUUUCUACUGCCAACACUAUCUUGUAGAUAAGUUGUGAAUAUGACCAGGGA